AUGGGUAGAAAUUCAAGAGAAAAAAGAGAUAUAUUCUAUAGAAAAGCCAAACAAGAAGGUUGGAGAGCAAGAUCAGCCUUUAAAUUAUUACAAGUUGAUGAGGAAUUUAAUAUAUUUGAAAAUGUUAAGAGAGCAGUCGAUUUAUGUGCUGCACCAGGUUCAUGGUCACAAGUAUUACAACAAGAAGAAGAUGCUAUAAUAGUAAGUGUUGAUUUACAAGAAAUGGCACCAUUGGAAGGAGUUAUUGAAAUUCAAGGAGAUAUUACAAGUGAAAAAACUGCAGAGGAAAUUGUUCAUCAUUUUAAAGGUAAAAAGGCUCAAUUAGUUGUAUGUGAUGGUGCUCCUGAUGUUACUGGAAUGCAUGAUAUAGAUGAAUAUAUACAAUUACAAUUAAUAUUAGCAGCAUUAAAUAUAACAAGUCAUGUAUUAGAAGAGGGAGGUAGUUUUGUAUCUAAAAUAUUUAGAGGCAAAGAUAUAACAUUAUUAUAUUCACAAUGUUCUAUUUUCUUUGAAAGAGUUUAUUGUGCUAAACCUAAAUCUUCUAGAAAUUCUUCAUUGGAAUCUUUUGUUGUUUGUAAAGGUUUUAAAUUACCUAAAAAUUAUAUUCCUAGAAUGGUAGAUCCACUUUUAGAUUUUCAAUAUAAUGAAAAUAAUUUAAAUAAUGAAAAUAAUAAUAAUUUAAAUGAAAAUAAUGAAAAUAAUGGAGGACCAAUGUUAGGAACAGAUAGAUAUAUAGUACCAUUUUUAGCAUGUGGUGAUUUAUCUGGAUUUGAUUCAGAUAGAACUUAUUCAAUUGGAACAAAUGAAGUAUUGGGUAUUCCUGUUAUUCAACCUCCUACUAAUCCACCUUAUAAAAAGGCUGUUGAAUUAAAAAGAAGUAAUACUUUAAAAACUGAUUUAAUGUUUAAAUAA